UGGUAAGAUGGAAAAGGGGGAGGGAGACGGGGGAAACGCCGAGUACUGGUGGUGGGCGGCUGCGAGUACCGGCCAACUAGGGUGGGGAAUCUCCGCUCUUAGAAAAGGCUAUGCCGGCAGUUCUAAUCUCAUGCCAGUCAAAGCUUUUUUCGUUGCCUCACUCUUCGUCGGCGCCACCGCUUCCGCCGCCGUCGCAUCGCUUCUCGCCUCUGGCAUCCAUUCUGUUGAAGAUAUGAAGACAGUGGGUGCAAGCAUAAGAACUGGAGUUGGGAUACCUCCAAGGGCACAAGAUAACUAGAUUACUAGACAUUUGAGUUGAUAAUUUCUGUAGUCAUUAUGAGGACCAAUUUCUGUAUAAUUAGGGAUAAACUGAGUAAUCUGCAUUUCAUUAGGAAGAUGGAAUCUUGGAAAAGAAGAUUGAUUGCAAGUCUAGCUGAUGAUAGAUUUAUAGUUACUGAUGUUUAUGACUAUACAAGUAAUGGUGUUAAUAAAUGUUUCCCACCUUAUAUUUUUCAUU